AUGUCCUCCGUGGAGGAUCUCCCACCCGACAUUCUACUGGUCCUCAUGGGCUACUUGGAUGCACAGGACCUGCUCCGGCUGCUCUCCACAUGCCGUCGAAUCCACGCGCUUGCAGACGAGCGCAGCAUAUGGCUGGCCGCCAUAGCGCACCUUGAACUCGUUCAGCACCAACCGGUAACAUCGUUCCAAGACGACCUGACCGUCUUGUCCACCCAAGACCUCCAAUUCCUCGUCCGCCGCGCCGCAGGCAUCUUGUGUAACCUGGACUCGCCCCACCCGCAACUGGCGGAGAUAGCCGCGUUCAAUCUGGAGGACUUUUCGGAGGCGGUGUUCAUCCCGGGCACGGGGCUGCUUCUGAUGAGCGGCUUUCAGCAGCUGGCGGUAUGGGACGUGUUUGCGCGCCGUUGCGUGGCAACGGUAGAUGUUGAGAAGGGCGAGCCGCAGGGCGCCCAGCUGACGGUAUUCGUCGCACCGUGCGUGUGGGUCGGCGCACGUGCGUUGUUCUCUGGUGGCUUGACGCGCCGAGCAGCCCAAGGGGAGCUCCUGGUCGAUAAACUCGCCGCCAUCUACGUUGAUGUUGAGGACCGGGAGAAUAUCCAGGUGGAUAUUCUUUACUCAUCGCCCGUGCAGAGGAUCCGCCGGUCGCACUGGCCGGAGCACUUCAUCUCCGCCGCGCUGAUGGGGUUCUCCACCGAGGACGGCGAGAUCGUGUGGUGGGACUUUGCCGCGGACGAGGUGCACCGCCAACGGUAUAUGUUCCCGAUGAACCAGAUGGGACGCGGGGCGACUUCAGGGCUGUUUUACGAUUCUCUCACCAAGCGGCUCCAUGGAUUCGCACCCUACGAUUUCGAGAACGAGGCAGGCCUGCAUUCGGCGCAACUCGGGUCGAUCCGCGGCCACCAUGCCCCGCUUGAGUCGCAAGCGAUCCCCGUGCGCUUCCCCACCGCGGAGAGCCUCGCCCAGCUCACGGCCAUCGCGCGGCUCUACCUCAGCUCUUCAAUCCCACCAUCCAUGGUCGGCAGCUACGCCAAAUUCGGCGUCUUCGCGGUGACCUACGGGACGUUCCGGCGCAUCGGCCAGCCCGAGCCGGACGACCGGCGCUUCCUGCACUUCUUUCGCGGGCCUUCCUCUGGACUGCCAAUGGUUGGGCAGGCAAUCGAAAGCCUGCCGUACCAGUUCCCGCCGUUCCUCACGCCGGUCUUCGGCGUGGGGUCCACCGGCAGCGUCUUCAUACGCGGCUUCGUGCAGCCCAAGGCCCCGCCGGGCACGCGGCCACUCGUCGGCGUGCUGCGCCUGCGCCGCGGAGCGCAACAGCCGGCGCUCACCUGCUUUCAUGGCGAAAAUCUUACGGCGAGCGGGCCGAUCGCGCACGAUGAGAUCGUCGGGCUGGCGAGCAUCUGGGAUCAUAGAACCAGAGUGAUUCGAGUGUUUUCGUAUGCCGGCAAUAAGCAUUAA